CACGCUUCAGAUAUUACAGUCGAAAACCUUCCUCGAUCGAUUCCCACUCCUCUCUUUCAGCUACUAACACAUAACAAGAUCACUUGGCAUGGAAAAAGCACAAACCAAUCAGGUAAACCCAACUCCAAAUAGCAAACCUUCAGAACCUGUCUUAAUGCAGCCAGCAACCAAAACAUGUCCUCAAGAGAAUCCACCUCCGUAUCCAGGCAACAUGGCAACGGCCUACUCGUUUUCCAAUGAGAAUGCAGAGCUUCCUACGGUCAUCAUAGCGGAGGCCCCCCAGAGCAACCUGCCCCCGGCCUACGUGGACGGCUCUGCAGCUGCAAUGGCGGCCGACUUUACAGAAAAAGUUGUAAGAAAAGCCUUCAUUAGGAAAGUCUACAUAACUUUGAUGAUUCAGUUGGUGAUCACGGUUGGCAUCAUCUGCAUGUUCAUCUACUGGCCAUUACUUAACAGCUGGUUGAUCUUGAACCCAUGGUUCACCUACACCACAUUGCCAGUAGUGCUUGUCCUCGCCAUUAUCCUCUCUUGCUGCCCAGAUGCCCGUCGGAAAGUCCCGCUGAACUUCAUCCUUCUAGGAUUGUUUACCGUUGUAGAAGGCCUGAUGCUCGGUUCAGUAACAGUCUUUUUCACUACCAAUGCUGUCAUGUGGGCUGCGGGUGCCACUGCCUUUGUGUGCUUUAGCCUGACGAUAUUUGCCUUGCAGACGAAGUGGGAUUUCACACUCAUGGCCGGAGUGAUGUGGGCUGUUCUCUGGUCACUCAUCUCCUUUGGAAUUCUCUGUGCGAUUAUUCGUAGCCAAUGGCUGUCCAUCGUAUAUUCUGCAAUCGGGACCUUAAUCUUUGCUGUUUAUCUCGUCUUAGACACUCAGCUGAUGUUGGGAGGAAAACACAAGUACAGCAUAAGCCCCGAGGAGUACAUCUUUGCUGCCCUGAACCUCUACCUGGACAUUAUAAACCUGUUUCUGUUCCUACUGCGAAUAAUUGGAAUGUCCCAGUAAAACGGAAAUCGUAAUAAUUUUUCCCCAUGGUCGGCUUCUCUGUCACAAACUGACCACACUUUCUCAGCGGUCGUCACGCACAGCGAGCUUAACUCUUUAAACAGCUCUAAUUAUGGGUCUCAAAAUUUACUUUAUGGGAAAAAAUGAAUUCUUCAAUAAUGUACAGUGAGCUAAAAUAGAAGAGUGAGUUCUAUUUGACUAUCCGCCAACUCAGCUUAUACCUUUUGGUAAAAUGCAAUGUAAAUAAUUACACGUUCUUUUCCACUGAAAUUUCUGUUUAAUAAGAGCAACUUUUGAAGUUGAGAUUUGUUGUAAAGGUGCCGUUAUCAAACAAUCUGUGGUCGAUCUUGUCAAAACAGGCACGCAGUAUUAAAAUAAAUGAAUAACGAAAUACAACUAACUUAUUUAAAUAGUGGUCGCCGGUGCUAAGUUAUCAGAUUUAUAAUAAAAGAAAUUCAAAGUGGAAAAAAAACAAAAUUGUAUUCUGUCAUACUAGCAUUUUUUAUUCGUUUUUGUUCUACUGUGUGUCUAAAUGGGUAGCACAGUGGAUGACUAGGGGGUCCUGAGCUUGAAUCCCACCUUCAGACAUUGUCCAUGUGGGAUUUUUCUCCCAAAGUCGUGUAGCGGAUGAGGAGGACUGGUGAUGCAGAACUGGACGUACACGAGUGGACCCUGCGAUGGGCUGGCACCCCACGCUGCUGAUCCUGAACCAUAUUUAGCUGAUGUGAGAAUGAAUGAUUAAAUGUAAAGAGAUUCCUGCAGAAGCGCCUAAAAGGCACCAAUGCAUUUUAAACAGGAGCUGAUAAGAUAGCAGGAGUUCACUGUGCAGAUAGGGAGAGACAUCUUGAAAUGUAGAAUUGGGGGGCAGGCGGCUAACAUCACCUGCAUGUAAAACAAUAAAUAAGUAUAAAAAAAUUAUUAUACAGAAACUCUGUGUGUUCAUCAUACCUGACAUUUCCAAGCAGAAAAAGAUAAAAAAAACGAAAAGAUUAAUUAAGCAAAUGUAAGAGGAGCUGAUCUCCACCAUUCCUGGAAAUGGCUAUUUCUCAGUAACAUUACAAACUGACGAAACUGCUACCUGAAAACACUUUGCUGUCUUCUUGUAGCCUUCUCCGGCUUUGGGAGUAUCAAUUAUUGUAUUUUUCAGAGUGGUAGACAGCUGCUCAGAGGAGCCCAUGGCU